AUCCCCUUGUUCAUCAAAAUAAUCGUUCUGACAGAAGUUACACAAACUUGAAAGAUGGAAAUCCAAAAGCUAAAUUCCUCUUUGACACCGUCGACAGGCAUGACCACGAAACUAGGCUCCGACUACCACCAACCGGAAGAAGAUCGUCCUUUGGCUCCAACUGGUCGGAUCCACAAAGAAGAAGAAGAAGAACCAAAGCCAUUAAGAGGUGGAAUUAGAAGCAGCAGCCCACCACAAACAGGGGAAAACCAGCCGAAGAUGUGUGGGAACUGUGGCAAGUUGUACACCACCCGCUACUGCAACUUAAAGUGCCUCUAUUACGACGGCCCUUUGUUGCCCUCAAGGCCCUGUAAACAAAGGGAUGUCAAGGACUUAAAAUCAAGAAGAGGAGAAACAACUUCAGAGACAAACCCCGAGCCAGAGUCGCGAUCGGAACCGGGUUUCUUCUGUGAAUGGUUCACUAAAAAAGAUCUUGACCGCCACAGAGAGAUGAUGCGGAAGUAUCCGGGGUUAAGAGCAUGACCGUCUUGUACUCUUGCUUGAAGCAAAGACGCUACACCCAGUGCUAUUAGGAGAAUUUUUAUUUUAUUUUUUUUCCGUAAGGAUGUUUUAUGAGGACAUUUCCACACAUACCUACUCUUUGUCUUUAGAUUACGGCAAUACU